AUGGAUACUCCAAUCGAUGCCCAACAAACAGAUCAGGAAAAUCCAAUAGAUAUAGAAGUAAAUGAUAUAUCCAAUAUUUCCAGCUCCGAUUUGGAAGAAUCUGCCACUUCGUCUAUAAUUGAAGAAAUAAAAAAUGACGAUUCUAAUAUUCCAUCAUUCAAAGACGAUGAAGAAAUGGAAUUAUACAUGGAUCCAAGUUUUGUUGGUACUAUCGCUUCAUAUUCAACAGGUUGGGAUCUCCAAGACGAAUCAUCAAAGAACCAACCAGAAAAAGAUUAA